UGGUCCCAGAGAGCAAAUCAGGCAGGUGUCAGGUCUGAUCUUAGUCACGUGCAAUCCUCAGUGCCAGAAAUACCACCUCUCUUUGGAUUGAGCAACAGUUUUCUCCUUGCCUUCAAGGAUAGUUUUAACUGUUUCCUACUUUGGUUGCUUUUGUUUGUUUGUUUGUUUUGUCUGUUUUUUUUUUUUUGGUUGUUGAAAAUGUGACUAUUAAAAGGAAGAUAGAAGAAGGGUAAAUGGAGCUCCUAAAAGGACCUAUUUAAAAAAGCACUUGAAACUAUCAAGAAGUGAAACUCUGCUUAUUAAGAAGUAGGAUUAGUGAUGGCGAAGAGCACCCAGGAGACUUCACACCCUGUGUCCUGCUGCAACAACCCAGCUCGGGGACCAGUUCUACAAGGAAGCCAUUGAGCACUGUCGGAGUUACAACUCACGCCUGUGUGCAGAGCGCAGUGUGCGGCUCCCGUUCCUGGACUCGCAGACUGGGGUAGCACAGAACAAUUGCUACAUCUGGAUGGAGAAGAGGCACCGAGGCCCAGGCCUCGCCCCGGGCCAGCUGUACACGUACCCUGCCCGCUGCUGGCGUAAGAAGAGACGAUUGCACCCGCCUGAGGAUCCGAAGCUGCGGCUGCUGGAAAUAAAACCUGAAGUGGAGCUGCCCCUGAAGAAGGAUGGGUUCACCUCAGAAAGCACCACCCUGGAAGCCUUGCUCCGCGGGGAGGGGGUCGAGAAGAAGGUGGACACCAGGGAGGAGGAAAGCAUCCAGGAGAUACAGAGGGUUUUGGAAAACGAUGAAAAUGUAGAAGAAGGAAAUGAAGAAGAGGAUUUAGAAGAGGAUAUUCCCAAGCGGAAGAACCGGACCAGAGGACGGGCCCGUGGCUCUGCGGGGGGCCGAAGGAGGCAUGACGCCGCCUCUCAGGAAGACCACGACAAACCUUACGUCUGUGACAUUUGCGGCAAGCGCUACAAGAAUCGGCCGGGACUCAGCUACCACUAUGCUCACACUCACCUGGCCAGCGAGGAAGGGGAUGAGGCCCAAGACCAGGAGACCCGGUCCCCACCCAGCCACAGAAACGAGAACCACAGACCCCAGAAAGGACCGGAUGGGACCGUCAUUCCCAAUAACUACUGUGACUUCUGCUUGGGGGGCUCGAACAUGAACAAGAAGAGCGGGAGGCCGGAAGAGCUGGUGUCCUGUGCAGACUGCGGACGCUCUGGUCACCCCACCUGCCUGCAGUUCACCCUGAACAUGACUGAGGCUGUGAAGACCUACAAGUGGCAGUGCAUAGAGUGCAAAUCCUGCAUCCUCUGUGGGACCUCGGAGAAUGAUGACCAGCUCCUCUUCUGCGACGACUGUGACCGCGGCUAUCACAUGUACUGUUUAAAUCCCCCAGUGGCUGAGCCCCCGGAAGGGAGCUGGAGCUGCCACUUAUGCUGGGAACUACUCAAAGAAAAAGCCUCAGCCUUCGGCUGCCAGGCCUAGGACCCCAGGUCACAGGAUGUGACUUGAGUUGGAGAGGCUGAACCAGAGUCCAGUUCAAACCAGAUCGAGCCCCUAUUCUCAUAUAUCCAGACAGGCCGCCUGUAAGGAACAUCAGGAACCACAGAGGGCGUGGACACGUGGAACCAAGAGGGCAAGGUAGCUACGUACCUCCUACAUGCAGGUUUUGGUACUUCUGCCAGCCCCUCCUUGUUUCUGCCAGAAAGAUGGUAAACUUUUGGAGAACUGCCCCAGCCACAGCCCUGUGGAACCCCUUCAUGUUUAUCCCAGCGCUCCGGCCACUGGUCACAUUUUGUGAGCACCCAUCAGUCUUUCGCGUGUAGUUUGGUGUUUUCUAUCUAUUGUGUUCCAAGAAAUCUGCACAGCCUCCCUGCCCCCAGUUCGGUCUCUUCAUCUUGAACUCAGCAGGGGAAGAAAAGGCUGUGGAGACGUUUUUAUUUAUUACAAGCCUCCCUGGGAACUUCUAGACUCGGAGUCUGGAGGCCAUCUAGAUGACGGAGUCCUGAAAUCCCUCCUCAUUCCUUGGUCUCUGUGAAGAGGAAGAGCUGCUUUCCGGACCCCCAGCAGAUAUCCCGUGGCGUCCACAGCCAGGGUGGUCUCUUGAUGGGGCUGGGGUGGGGGAGCCCGGAGGUGUGGGUGGAAAUGUUGUGAAGACAGUUCUGAGGGCCCACCACAGCCAGUCAGUAUUUGCUGUCCAUCGGAAGUGGCUUUGGCAGGACCAGACCUUCAGAGCUGGGGCAUCCUCGAGGAGAGACAGGCCACAGCCUAGGGCUAAGACUCUACCUUCCACCCAGCCUGGUUCUGGAGCUUUCCCUGGUGGGACUCAAGAACCCGGAAGGUGAGUGAAGGCUGCCAGGUCAAGAAUCUGAAUGCUGGUACCAAGGACUGCAGGUCCAAGAAACCCUUCAGUGUUGCUGUGACACCAAUUCCUUUUCCCACGUAAUUCCUUCCUUUCACGUAGCUUAUGUCUGCCGUAGUCCACUGAGACCUGAUUCUGGAAAUUCCAGGAUGAGGGAGAGAUGGUUGUUCCCUAAGCAAAUAAUUGGGGUGAUGUGAUUGUUUGUGACCCGGGUGACAAGCAGGCAGAACCUUCAGCUCGAAGACUUCUCUUGUCACCUCAAUUCCUCAAUACAUGCUGGAUUCUCUUUUUGAAAAAACGUUUCGAGAAGACAGAAGUGGGGAGGCUCAGAUUCCGAGAAGUCUGUGUUGGAAGUCAGCCCCGUGGGCUGGAGCGAACCGGGCUGCCUUUGAAUCACCGCAGCAGUGGCAACAGCAGCAGCACAAGAACGGACACGUUUCUGGAAAAAUCAUUUGCCCAAAGGGCAGGUCUCGGUGAGCGGGACCCUCGCGCAUGCUCGGCUUCCCUGAAAUCAGCUCCUUCGCUGUGGUCCGCCGGCUUCCAACAAAGGCCCGGGUUAUUUUUAGUCCUUCGGCUCCUGAAGAAGCCCCUGGAGGCGCAGAGGCUCGGGCCGGUGGGGCCGCUUCUGCCCGGCUGCUGCGCUCGGCCGCGACUUGGCAAGACCUUCCUCCCCGGCUAAUUGCCCUCGGCCAGCGGACCCGGGGCAGCCUGGUGCGGAGCCGAGCCCUAUCGGUCUCCCUCAGUCCUUUGCAGGGUGACCUGUGGCGGGAGAUGGGGGCCACCCUCCCCCCUGCAGGGGCCUGUGGCCUCCGAGGGAGUUCCGAGCAUGCAUGAUGAUCUGUUUUAAAGGGCCCAGCCAGAUUUUUAAAGGGCCCAGCCAGAUGGGAUUUUCAUCUUCCUCAUAAGCUAUUUCCUUCCCCCUGCUGGUUGCUGAACUCUUUGGAUUCUGGAGGCCCAGGGAGGGUUUGGGAAGUUGCCCUGUGGUCACGUCUUCCGUUUACCGGGGAGGGUCAUGUUAGAGGGGCAGAUUUCCUCUCCUGACUGCUCUGGCUCUCUGUCCUCCCACAGAGCCCAAAGUGGGCGUCCUCAAAGGCUGGUUAUUGGUUUUGAAAAAUCACUUUGAUUUAAUUUUAGGAAAAAAGUCAUCAGAAUGUUCUCAAAAGCCACAAAUGGCUUAAAAGUU